AUGUCCACAGCUACUGGCAAACCAAAACUGACAGGCUGGGCAGCUGCUGCCGCGAAAGCAGCCCCCGCGACUCCUGCCAGAGAGGCAGUAUCGCCCAUAAACCCAAACAGGCUGGCCAAUUCUUCAAGUAAGAACAAAAAAGUGUCCUUGGAACGCCCUCAUGGCGCCGCUAAGGAUAAAGACGCCCCAGUCAUCGCCAGUGCCCCUGCUCCUGCUGCACAGAAGAAACCCAAAAAGCCUUUUGCCAAGCCAUUCAAUUCCCAAGAAGUAGCCGAAUUCUUGAAAAAAAACUACACACAACAAGCUACGCAGCCAAACACAACCGUCUAUUCCAGGCCUAAGUCACAAGGCUCUCCAGAUUGGGGGACCACUACCAACAACAAGUGGAAGUCUAAAAAGUAUGCAUGCUUGAAUGAAGUUGCUCGGCACCUACGGAGUUGA